UGAUGAUCGCCAGGAGGCACAGCCAAGCACACGUCAAUAACCCGGCAUUCCACCUCAACCACCACUGACGAACUCGUUACGAUGAAAGUUUUCUCUAUCUCUGUCAUUUUGGCGCCUCCAAGCGGACAGUGUACCGUACUGAGCACUGCCAGUGACCUGUCGUCCUACUCUUUCUACCAGAAAGGCUCAGUCGGCGAAUUCAUGACCUUCUUCUCCAGAACUGUUGCAGAGCGUACUGCACAGGGCCAACGGCAGAGCAUUCAGGAGAACAAUUAUACUGCCUAUGUAUACAAUAGAGGUGGCGCCGAGCAAUUGGCAGGCGUUAUUAUAACUGAUCAGGAAUAUCCUGUCCGCCCCGCCUUUUCUCUGCUCUCAAAGUUGCUGGACGACUUCACCGCCAAAGUCCCACAGUCAUCGUUUAGCGAUCCUUCAUCCAUUUCCUUCCCCGACAUCAACACCUACCUUCAGAAGUAUCAGGAUCCCAGGCAGGCCGACACUAUCAUGAGAGUCCAACAGGAGCUAGAUGAGACCAAGAUCGUACUUCACAAGACGAUCGAGUCUGUCUUACAGCGCGGUGAGAAACUAGACAACCUCGUGGAUAGAUCCAAUGCGCUUUCUGCCCAGAGCAAAAUGUUUUACAAGACGGCCAAGAAGCAAAACUCCUGCUGUGUUAUUAUGUGAAGGUCUAUCAUUUUACACCGCCUGCACAUUUUUCUUCGUCAUCUUCAUCUUGUAUACAUAGAUACCCUCUACAUGUACAGAUUUUUCAUGGAUAUAGCUGAUAAUACCUCAAUAAUGACCAUCAUGGGUCGAUAUUAUAUGUGGGUAAUAAACGCAACGAUAUAGACCAACUUUCAACUAUCUAGUUCCAAGCCUAAUGUUGAUUUGGAGCCUAAUUAUCUACUGACUGAAACAUAAACCAAAAUUGAUGGCCAGGCAUAAAGGAGACAUCUUAAAUA